AAGAGGCAUGCAUAUAAAUAAAACUAUAUUUAUAAUGCUUAAUUCUCAUAUAAAUUUCAUCAAAAAAAUAUGUUAAGCACACAAAAAUUCUAAAUAAGGACGAAGAUGGAGCCCGAAGGAGGAGAGUGCGCCAUAAAAGAUGGAGCCGCGGAUAGCAAAAUUGUUGACCAAAGUUUUGUCAAAGUAUUUAAGUCGGAGUUCGAUGCCAAGUACAACAUUGUCGACAUCCAGACUCCACUAAAUGCUUUCAUGUCCGGUCAAUUCAAGCGUAGUUAUGCCUACUUCACUCUGCGAAAUCUUCUGCCCGUCGUGCUCACAAAAGUUAUUGACUCGCUCACAAAGGAUAAAGGGGAGCUAGUCGCGCAAUUUGCGCCCACACAAUUUGUGCAGAACGCGCGGGAGGAGCUGAAGAUUAUCAUUGGGCUGAUUUCGCGGCUUAAAUAUGAGCUGCAAACGGACAAGCCCUUCCAAAAGUUUACUGGCGAUGAGGUAGAUCGCGAAUCAUGGAAUAGCUUUAUAUCACAUCUGCCGAAUGAUGGGCGCACUUUUUAUCAGGCAUGCUGGAUGCACACCCAAUGCUAUUUGUAUCGCAAGCUUUACUCCUUCGUGGAAAACAGCAUCUUCAUAAAACAGUUUGAUUACUUUGGCAAAAUUAAGGAGCACGCCCUAACCAGCUGCCAGGACGAUAUACUCUCUUUGGCUAAAUACACACGACGCACGGAGAACAGCGUCGAAAUGUUCAAUGAGAUGUUGAAAAUUGACCUAUGGAGCAACCGAAACGAUCUCUCCGAGAACGAGCAUGCACGAAUGUUUAAUAUGAGAGUACUGGAGGAUGUGAGUGUUACGGAUGGCCAUAUUCUCGCCAACAAUGCUUCCGAAAUAUGGGACUGCUUGUCAAACAAGAAGACAAACAAACAGCAUGUCGAUUUUGUGCUGGACAAUGCUGGUUAUGAGCUGUUUACAGACUUCAUUCUUGCCGAGUACAUAAUCGAAAAGGGACUCGCUUCCAAGGUGCGGUUUCAUGUCAAGGCAUGUCCUUGGUUUGUUACCAAUGCCACACAGCGUGAUUUCCAUAUGACGCUGCAAUAUCUGAGCAAACACCCUGACUAUAUAAUUAGUCUGAUUGGCAACAAGUUUUUACAAUUCAUGGAUGAGGGUAAAUUUGAAUUGGCGCCCGUGUCUUAUUUCUGGACCGGACCACGUGCUUUUCACUACAUGAAAACCCUGGAACCCGAGCUAUACAGAACGCUGCAGCAGUCAAAGCUGAUUAUAUUUAAAGGCGAUUUGAACUAUCGUAAGCUGUUAAGCGACGUCUGCUGGGAGCCUACACAGGAUAUGAGAACGUGCUUGGGCGGAUUCAUACCGAGCAGCUUCUGCACUGUGCGCACAAUCAAGGCAGAGGUAAUAUGCGGUCUUUCCGAAGGCGUCGUUGAAAAUCUGAAAUUGAGAGACCCCAACUGGAUGCUCACUGGAAACUAUGGCACAAUUCAGUAUGUGGAUGGCUCGCGGGAGUUCGGCUAUUAAUAUAUUAAGCUCUGUAUUUUAUUAGUUUCGAAGUCAAUCCAAAUAUAAUAACAUCAGUCUAACA